UCCAUCAAACCCUAUAAAUUUUGUUCUUCAUUUCUAUCCGAGAGAGAGGCGAUCGGUGUUCGAGAUUUAUCGAACUUCUAUGAUACUUGAUUCUCAUCCAGUUUCGAAGAGGUCCAGGUUUACUCCUAUUGAUCGAAUGGACGCAGAAGCAAUUAAGGCAAAGUUCGAAGCUGCAAAGGAAAAAUAUGGACAAGCUAUUCGUGUAUUUGAGACCUCAACUGCGUCUACAGCAACCAAUCACGUUCCCAGUACUGAGGAAGAAGAUGACUAUUAUGAGUUCACAAGCCAGGAUUUCUACCGACUGACUGCUUCCAAAAAGGAAGAUAAAUAUCUGAAGACCAAAAAAAUCCGAGAUGCUGAAGAAGAGGCUCGCAGAUCAAAGUUACCUAAAGCUGUUAUUAGGGUACGGUUUCCUGACAAUAGCAUACUAGAGUCUACAUUUAAAUCCUCCGACAAAAUUCAGAGCUUACUUGAUCUUGUGAAGAAAGUAAUAGCACAACCAGAUCUACCCUUUUAUUUAUACACUACUCCACCAAAGAAGCAAAUAAAAGACUUCUCACAGGAUUUUCAUGUUGCUGGUUUUGUUCCAGGUGCCAUUGUGCACUUUUCUUAUGACCUGCCUAAAGGUGAUAACUCCCCAUCAGGCCCCUUCCUUCAAGAGGACGUCUUAUCAUUAAUGGGUUUAGAGAUGGUAAAUGAUCAAGCAGAUAAGGCUGUAGAACCUGCUGAAGGAAGCACAAACCCUAAUCCAGAACAAAAGCCAGUUGCUUCUGCUACUGGUACUGCUGCUGCUAAGAAGACUGGUAAACCAAAGUGGCUGAAAAUGUGAUAUGCAUGUUUAUGGAAAAUUUGGUCUGACCGAAUCCUCCAUGGUAUGUAUCUUUUAGAGAAAACUAUGGUGGAAUAUUGUGAACUAGGGAUAAUUGGAUAAAGACGUCCCAUCCUGUGUGCCUUGUUACUAUCUACAUGAAAUUAAACGUUGUUAGAUUGUUUUUUUAUGUGAUAUGAUGAUGAUGAUGGACUAGUAGUUUUGUCUCCUGUCUUAGGAAGGUGUGCUUGAAUGUUUGCUAAAUUAGAUUGGUGUAGGGUUUAGCUAGCUUAUAGAGUAAGUGAAGUAAUAAUAAUGGUAAGAUGCCGAAGAGAACAUGAUGAUGCCUGAAUUGGGUUCUAAGAAAUGGACAUGUUACUUACUCUUCUAUCUAUCAUAGACAGACAGACAUAUUUAUUAGUUAGAUCAGUUCCUCCUU